ACAAGGAAGUGUACAGAUGAAGUUGUACCGUCAUAAUAACAAAAUGGUGGCAGUUCACAGUUUGUAGACAAAGUAUUUCUUCAAACUCACUAAAGUACCAAUAUCAUGGCAAGUAACAGGUCCGUACGGCGUGCCCAGGAGCCCGUUACCUACACGUGUGCUUUGUGUGACAGUAAAGACGGGGUAAGAUGGUAUUGCAAUGAUUGUCAGGAGAAUUUAUGUGACCGGUGUAAGGAAACCCAUACACGCGGAAGGAAAACUAAAAAUGAUGACGUCGUGUCGAUAGGGGAGGCUAACCGUCAGGGCGACAAGUCUGUACCAGAGGUAUGUAAACUACACCCCGGUAAACUGUGUGAUCUCUAUUGUUCGGACUGCAACCUGUUGAUUUGUUUGAUGUGUUUAUCUAAAACUCAUAAACACCACAACUGGAAACAUUUUGAAGACGAAUUUUCCAUUAAAAAGCAACAUUUCAAAGAACAUAUGAUAGCAAUUUCUGUUAAAAUAGAACAUUUCAAGAACGAGACAUCAGAGCGACAUCGUGUUAACGAAGGGUUUAACGACAACAUUGAUACAAUGAGGAAAGAGGUGAACUCUCAAAGAACGAAGUUAAAGGCAGAAGUAGAUUAUAUCGCUGAUGCAAUACUAGCUGAAUUAUCAGCUUUAGAAAAAGAAGAAUCAGCUAUGUACAAGAAAGAUUGUCAACGAUCAGAGAAAAAUUUCAAAGAACUGACGCAUCUGCUUGAACAAGCGGAAACGGCGGAUACAUCAAGCGUAUCUUUCUUUGAAACAGAAAGGUCAUUGAGGACAACUCUGCCCCUGUAUGACGUUAAUGUGAAAUAUGUUUCACCAAAACAACCAAGCUUUGUUACCGGAAGUAUCGACCGCGUCCUGUUGACGGAAAUGUUAGGUGAAUUACACCACAAGAACCAGUACGAGAAGACAGACAUUGACAAUAAACAAGUCCAGCGUCUAUCAAAGUUCACUGUUACCCAACAAACUAUAAUACAUGGUAUAUGUCCAGUCGACGACAGUCAUGCGUGGCUUUCAAUACACAAAUACCAGGGUCUGGUACUGGUUAACAAGGAGGGUGUGGUCAAAGAGACAGUAAAACUGGACUUCUGUCCAUACAUGAUCGCCAUGGUCGGGACAACAGACAUACUUAUUACCAGUUAUGAUGUUUGUACAUAUGUAUAUAAACUAUCAUUACAUAACAAACAAGUGACAACAUUUGCUGACAUCAAACCACAUAGAGCACGGGACAUCAGUAUCAACGAGAGGGACGAGGUGUUUGUUAGUACAUUUACACCAGACAUAGUGGUACUGAAUCAGUCAGGCACGAUUAUACGGAAGGUCAGUAUUGGAUCAGAAAUAAUAAGGUACGUUGUCGGCUUGUCACCGGAACGUCUGUGUGUAGUUCAAACAAUCGGAGGAAGCCUGUCUGAUAGGAACAUAAAGAUAACGGACGAGUUAGGUACCGUCAUACUGCAAUGGACUGGUGAACUUAACAACGGUCAAACAGUCGGUAGUAUGCGCCUCUGUAAGAUGUCAUGUGAUAAGUACGACAGACUGUUUGUACCAGACUACAAGAACAAUCAGGUGUAUGUCCUACAGAGAGAUGGAAAAAAAGCUGUGUGUCUCCUGGACCAGAAACAUGGAGUGGUCAAACCUACAGCGGUGGGUUUGGACACGUGUGGGAACGUGUGGAUCGGGUGUAGCUACGGUACCGUACACGUGAUGGGACUGUAAUAUGAGGAAAGAUACAUGAUGAACACUUGACCACGUGGUACAAUAUUGCAUUAUGUAAAUAUGAUUCCACGACAGUUCACCGAUAAAUGUAUAAAAAGUAUCAAAUGUCCUCAAAUAUCGAAUCAGAUUGUACAAACAUUUGAACAGUGAAUGUAUUAAUUAGUGUCACAUGACCGUGGUAAUCUGACAAACAUAAGUAACUCGAUUGUUUAUACCAACCAACAUGACUUUCUAACAACUAUUAGUUAAAGUGUGUUACAUAGAUAUUUACAAAAUGUAAUCAACUGUUAAAUGUAAGGUAAUACAUGUUUGGUUGAGUUGUUUUAUACCUUGUAGUAUUGAAAUGUAACAAGAAUGACUGAUACAUUUUGGUUUGUAUUUACAUUGUUAUAACCUUUAAACAGACAUGUAUAGAUAUAACACUAAAUAAAAGCUUUCAUUGUA